GAUUGAAUCUUAAUAAUUACAAUUUUAAUAUCGUCUCUCUCGUCUAAUAAAUUUCUCUCUUCCUCUGCUUUCAUUUUGACCAAUCUCUAACUGAUUUCAAAACCAGCCUUCCACAUAGCUCAUGAGAUCCAGAUCAAAUUGAAAAGAGAAAGAAGAGAGCAGCGAGGAAGAUGAGUAGCAGUGGUGGUGAAAGUCAUCAUCACCACGCCCCUAAGUUUCAGCUCGGAACCGUUGGAGCUUUGGGUUUAUCUGUCGUUUCUUCCGUUUCUAUUGUUAUUUGCAAUAAGGCCCUCAUUAGUACUCUCGGCUUCACUUUUGCGACGACGUUGACAAGCUGGCAUCUACUGGUUACGUUUUGUUCGCUACAUGUGGCGUUAUGGAUGAAACUGUUUGAGCACAAGCCUUUUGAUGCUAGAGCUGUUAUGGGUUUUGGCAUUUUAAAUGGAAUUUCUAUUGGUCUUUUGAAUCUAAGCUUGGGUUUUAAUUCCGUUGGUUUCUACCAGAUGACAAAAUUGGCGAUUAUCCCUUGCACUGUUCUUUUGGAGACACUUUUCUUCAGGAAGAAAUUCAGUCGAUAUAUCCAGCUUUCAUUGUCUAUCCUACUCUUGGGUGUUGGAAUUGCAACUGUGACGGAUUUGCAACUUAAUGUCCUUGGCUCUGUCUUGUCUCUUCUUGCAGUUCUUACAACCUGUGUCGCCCAGAUUAUGACCAAUACCAUCCAGAAGAAAUUCAAAGUUUCUUCCACUCAACUGCUAUAUCAGUCUUGCCCCUAUCAGGCGAUGACUUUGUUCAUAAUUGGUCCAUUUCUCGAUGGAUUAUUGACUAAUCUAAAUGUGUUUGCUUUCAAGUAUACCCCUCAAGUGCUGUUCUUCAUUGUUCUAUCUUGUCUCAUAUCCGUCUCUGUUAACUUCAGUACGUUUCUGGUGAUUGGAAAGACAUCUCCAGUUACCUAUCAGGUCCUAGGGCAUCUAAAAACAUGUCUAGUUUUGGCCUUUGGCUAUGUUCUGCUUCGUGACCCUUUUAGCUGGCGCAAUAUUUUAGGGAUCCUUAUCGCAGUUAUUGGGAUGGUACUUUAUUCUUAUUGUUGCUCUCUUGAGAGCCAACAGAAGGCUAGUGAAACAACGGCCAAAUUGCCUGAGGUGAAGGAAAGUGAAUCUGAUCCAUUGAUUGGUGUGGAAAAUGGAAGUGGAUUAGCUGAUGAAGCUCCUGUGUGGAAUUCAAACAAGGAUCUCCAUGCAUGAGAACCUAAAUUGCAAGAAUUCAUUACCGUAGAUGAUAUAGUAAUCGGGGAAAAAAUGUUACAGCGAUGAAGAUGUUGCUGGCAUGAGGUCGGUCCAUGUGUUGCAUUAGGGUACGGAUAAUCUGAGAUUAUUACUUCUAUUAUAUGAGAUUGAAAGAUGAAGGAAUUGUUUUGUGAUAUAGCAUUUUUGUUUACUAGUUUUGUAUGAAUGGCAGCAGCAGGAUGAUAGCAAAAUUGAUUUGUUAAUUGUAUACUGUUUGUUCCAAAAUAUUAGACAACAUUUCAUUA